UGUGUGGGAAUUGUUCAAAGUCUUUUUGUAUCUGCCUGUUACCGUGUAAAGGUAACGUACUGCCCAUCUACACUUGUGUAUCGAUGAAUCUUUGAUUGAUCGAUCCUCUUCACUUUUAUACAAACUCUUGCUAGUUUCGAAAUCAUGCUUCCGCAUAAGAAGCCAACUACAAAUGAGGCCCUUGAUUACCUCAGAGCUGUAAGAGAUAAGUAUAUAGAUAACCAUGAAAUAUAUGAUAAAUUUCUUGAGACCAUGAAGGACUACCGAGCUGAAAGAGUUGAUACUGGUGGUGUCAUCUUAAGAGUGAAAGAACUCUUCAAAGGGGAACCAGAGAUACUCUUAGGUUUCAAUACAUUCGUGCCAAUGGGUUACAAGAUAACACUCAAUGAUGACGAAACCCCACCAAACAAGUCUAUUGCUCACUUUGACGAUGCAUUUAAUUUUGUCAACAAGGUCAAGAAAAGAUUUGAGAAUCCUGAAACAUUCGAGUCAUUUUUAAACGUUUUGAACUCGUAUAAAAAGGAGAACAUGUGCGUAGCUGAGCUCUACAGUGAGGUUUCUAUCCUUUUUCGAGGCCAUCGGGACUUACUUGAGGAAUUCCAUCAGUUUCUUCCUCGUAAUGGAUGAUUGGUUUGGUUCGAGCCAUGAGCCAUCACUUUAUAUGCUUCCAUCUUGACUCAAUCAAUGUGCCGUAUCAUUAGUUUGUUGCUGAAUUGGUAAAACUAGUUCUCUAUUUUACAAGUUGUUUUAUACUAUUCAAACUGAA